GGAGAUUGCUACCAAUGUUCUAGGAGUUUGCUCUCAGGACAUGAACUUCAUAUAUGUGUUGCCGGGGUGGGAAGGGUCAGCUGCAGACUCUAGGGUUUUGAGGGAUGCGAUUAAUCGACCCAAUGGCUUAAGAAUUCCAACUGGCAUGGAUAGUGAAGUGUCUAGUUCUCGUAAAAAAGUAAAAGAGAAAGUUGAUCCGUCAAAACCAAGGCGAUUGUGGAGCCCACGAGAAGAGCAAUGCCUUAUUAAUGCCUUGAUGCACAUUGUCAACAAUGGAAUGAAACAGGACAAUGCCUUCAAGGCCGGCUACCUUAUGAAAUUAGAGGAGAAAUUGUUGGAGAUGCUACCCGGGACAAACCUUCACGGCACUCCCCACAUCAAAUCAAAGAUAAAGAUAUAG